CAAUUUUCAGCCGAAAAUAGCCCGCAAUUUGCACACCUGCUGACCAUGCUAUCGCGCAAAAACAAAGAUUUGAAAACGAUCAAGGAAGGGGUGGUCGGCAAAUACGUGAAAAAAGACACCCCGCCCGAAAUGCCAAUCAUUAACGUUUGGACAACCGAACCAAAAAGACGCCUCUCGAACCAGGGCCGUCAGUCGCUCCCCGCCAGCCUCACACGGGGGGCCAACCAGAGCAGCAUCACCGUCCAGAAAUUCGGGAACCAAAAAACCAUCAUCAGCUCUGGCCUGGGGGCGCACCAGGGGAAGUACACACCCAGCUCCUCAGUCCCGGAUUUGGCCACCAGGUUUGCCAAUCUGUCCACAAACGAAAACAAUUCCCUUUACACGCCAAGCUCAUCAGUGGCCCCACAACACAUUUACAUGAACCAACACAUCAGUUCGUCAUACAGUGACAAUUCGAACGCCAAUUACGUCGAAAUUGAUCAAAUUUAUCCACUCACUACGCAGGAUAAUAAUUAUAAUAGCAGAAGUUCGCCGAUUUAUCAGAACACUGAUGGGGCCCAUAAGAGUCAAGACACGACCCCCAUUUAUAGCAAUACGGGGGCCGAGCGCUACUCUAAUCCUCUGCAAGGGAUGACUUAUGGUGAAUCGCUCGCCCACCAUUUGAGACACUCGCUGGGGCGCAAUGAAAGCAGUACAGAUCAGUCUGAAGAGCUUCCGCUUCCGCCCGGCUGGUCCGUGGACUACACCCUCCGUGGUCGUAAGUACUACAUCGACCACAAUACCAAAACCACCCAUUGGUCGCACCCCCUGGAGCGCGAGGGGCUUCCCACAGGAUGGCAAUGUGUCCAUUCCCCCAUUUACGGCAUUUAUUACGUCAAUCACAUUACGAAACAAGCUCAAUACGAGCACCCUUGUCUAGUGCCUUGCUAUAAUUAUCAGCCCGAGGUGCGGUAUUUCAACCCCCCAAGAACGACACAUUAUCAGCCUCACAGCGUCCUGGUGCCGGCAAAUCCCUACUUGUUAGAGGAGAUUCCCCAUUGGCUUAACGUCUAUUUCAAUGCGAGUCCGGAUCUGGACCACAAAUUAAAGUGGGACAUGUUCCGGUUGCAAGACCUGGACUGUUACAACGGCAUGCUGACGCGGCUUUAUAAGCAGGAACUGCAGAACAUUGUGAUGCGGUACGAGACCUACAGGUCCGCAUUGCUUGUCGAAAUGGAGAAGUUUAGGAAUAGUAGAAAUGGGGCUGUGACUGGUCAAUAAAAUGUUCCUUUUUGUAUUUUAUUAACUAAGAAAUGUGAUUAUUUAUUCUUGUAUCGCUUCAGACGCUUCAUCAAACUCGUUAUGGAUGUCAUAGUUAGUGACUUGCAGGCCUGAGACUUGUAUCACUUUUGCGUCCUUAAUGCCUAAAGUUCGAGCCCAUUGUUGUGCUAAAGACACGAAUAAACGCUUUAUUUUUAUUAACAA